CAGCUUCCUGACCGACAUCAUCACAGCAUAGCAUCGCGGCACCAUGUCCUCGCCAUCAACACUCGCUUCGAUGAUCAGAGCGGCCCAGCGCACGCUUCCCGCGUCACCUCUGGCUACGUCGAGCCGUCGUACUCUCACCUCAUCGGCACCUCGCCGCGCAGACGACCCCACAUCCGGCGUACGAGACUACGUCCAAUCCCUUACCUCGUCCGCCGCGUCCGCCUCGUCGUCAUCACGGACGCCCGCCUUCCGAGCCGGCUCAAGAUCACCUGCCAGCCCAUCAUUUGCAGUCAACAGCCCGCGAGCCGCGCCCAACCACCUCGGCGCCAUGCGCUCCCCAUCCGCUGGGCCCGGCGGUGUUGGCGCGGGAGGUGUGGCUCGACCAGCAGCCAAUGCGACGGCCAAGGCUCAGGCUAUUCGUAUGGCCUUUCAUGGACAGCACUACACUCCCCCCUCACUCACCUCCCCUGCGCAAAUCUCUCAACAAACAUCACGCGCUCGCCCCUUGCUAGGCCCACCGAAGCACAUUGCAGUCCAAAUCGACCAGAUCCAUCGCCUAGGACUCAACCCGGCCAAGCCUAGCUUGCAGGACGACUCGUACAAGAACCCGGCACUGAUGACGCAAUUUGUUACCGAGAUGGGAAAGAUCAUGCCGAGGAGUCAGACGAUGCUUACGAGGAAGAGUCAGAGGCGGGUGGGCAAGGCGGUACGCAGGAUGAGGAGUAUGGGAUUGAUGCCUGUAUUGGCUAGGCCGCAGUUCUGAGCGGAAGA